AAAGCAUCUCUCAGUUGCUUUUGGUGCUACCGGCAUUUGGAGCAGUGCAGGCUCAACGGACCGGGAAGCCAAACACCAAACUACUGUCAAACGACCGGUGGAUCUCGCCGAGGUGUGGUGAGUGAGUGGCGACCGGAGUGCCAAACGGGGCCUACAUAACCGCCCAUCACCCUGUCCGCCCGAGCGCACACUCUUACACUGUUGCGCUAUCUGAUGUCUAAAGCUCUUCUCUGUCGGAUCAAACCACUUGUCCCCGGAAAAUCCAUUUCUCCUUUCACUCGCCGUACCAAGAAACUCGUCAAUCAAACUAUUCAAAUCCUCAAAUCUCACUCACGGUAUGAAGAUUCCCUCGAACGCCUCUUCGAUGAAUGCGAGACGUCCGUCUCGGAAGUUGCACACCUUCUGUUUGAUAAAAUUAGUGACCCAGAGUUGGGACUCAAGUUCUUCGAAUGGGCUUCUAGGCAACCUACUCAGCUAAAUGGGUUGGCGUAUUCUUCCCUUUUGAAGCUCUUGGCGAAGUCUGGAGUGUUCUGUGAGAUUGAUGUUUUAUUGGAGAGCAUGAAAUGCAAAGAUAUAACACCCUCCCUUGAAGCAUUGAGUGCCGCAAUUUGUGCCUACACUAAUUCUGGUUUUGUUGACAAGGCUAUUGAGUUUUACAAUUUUGCCAAUGAUGUAUAUAAUAGUGUUCCUGAUGUUUUGGCUUGUAAUUCUUUGCUUAAUGUACUUGUGAAGUGUAAAAAAGUUGACACUGCAAGGAAAAUAUAUGAUAAAAUGGUUUUGAGAGAUGGAGAUGUUGAUAAUUAUAGUACUGGUAUAAUGUUGAGGGCUCUGUGUAACGAAGGUAAAGUUGAGGAAGGAAGGAAGUUGGUCGAGGAAAGAUGGGGUGAGGGAUGUCUGCCCAAUGUUGUGUUUUACAAUACACUGAUUGAUGGUUAUUGCAAGAUAGGUGACGUUGGAAGGGCUAAUAGAAUUUUCAAGGAAAUGAAAUUGAAGGGGAUUUUGCCGACAUUAGAAACUUAUGGAGCUAUAAUUAAUGGCUAUUGUAAAGAAGGUAAUUUCAAGGUCAUUGACAGGCUUUUGAAGGAAAUGAGAGGGAGGGGUUUGGAUGUUAAUGUUCGAGUUUUUAACAACAUUAUUGAUGCUCGAUUUAAGCAUGGUUGCAAAGUUGAAGCAGUUGAGAAUUUAACAUGGAUGGUUGACUGUGGUUGUGAGCCUGAUAUUGUAACAUAUAAUACUUUAAUUAGCAGACUAUGUAGGGAUGGAAAGGUUAAGGAAGCUCGCCAACUUCUAGAACAGGCAAUGAAGCGAGGAUUGAAGCCAAAUAAGUUUACUUAUACUCCAAUUAUACAUGUCUAUAGCAAACAAGGGGAAUAUCUUAGGGCCUCUGAUUUGCUCAUUGAGAUUACGAAGGGAGGGCAUAAACCUGACUUGGUUAUGUAUGGAUCACUUGUCCAUGGACUUGUUUCUGCUGGAGAGGUGGAUGUUGCAUUGACAAUUCGAGAUAAAAUGGUAGAAAGGGGAGUAAUGCCAGAUGCUGCUAUAUAUAACGUUCUAGUGAGUGGACUUUGCAGGAAAGGAAGGUUUCCAUAUGCAAAGCAGCUGAUUUCCGAGAUGCUUGACCAAAAUAUAUUACCUGAUGCCUUUGUUUGUGCCACUCUUGUGGAUGGAUUCAUCAGAAAUGGUAACCUCAAUGACGCCAAAAGGCUGUUUGAGACGGCAUUUGAAACGGGACUUGACCCUGGUGUUGUGGGCUAUAAUGCCAUGAUCAAGGGUUACUGCAAAUUUGGGAUGAUGAAGGAUGCACUAUCAUGCGUCAAGAGAAUGAAAGGGCAUCAUAUCCUCCCAGACGAGGUCACUUUUUCCACUCUUAUGGAUGGGUACGUAAAGCAGAAUGACUUGAAAGGUGCUCUGAGUAUGUUUAGCUGGAUGAUAAAACGAAAAUGCAAGCCAAACGUGGUCAGUUAUACCACUCUAAUUAAUGGGUUUUGUCGAAAUGGAGAUUACAGCAAAGCAGAGAAAACUUUUAAUGAGAUGCAAUCUUGUGGUAUGGAACCUAAUGUGGUGACAUAUACUAUACUUAUUGGGAGCUUUUGUAAGGAGGGUAAACUUGCAAAGGCGGCCUCCUUUUUUGAAUUAAUGCUGGUAAAGAAGUGCAUUCCUAAUGAUGUUACCUUCAACUAUCUGGUAAAUGGUUUCACGAAUAAUGCACCAAGUGCAAUUUUAGAGGAAGAAAAUGAGUCUCAAGAGAGCAAGAGGUCUAUGUUUCUGGAAUUUUAUGGAAAGCUGAUAUCAGAUGGAUGGUCCAGGAGGGCUGCAGCUUAUAGUUCUAUUCUAGUCUGUCUUUGCCAACAUAAGAUGGUUAAAACUGCCUUGCAAUUAAACGAUAAGAUGGUGAGCAAGGGCUUCCUUCCAGAUUCUGUUUCUUUUGCUGCCUUGCUUUAUGGUCUUUGUCUCGAGGGAAGAUUGAAGGAGUGGAAGGAUAUCAUCUCUUGUCAUUUAAAUGAAAGUGAAAUCCAUAUUGCUAUCAGGUACACUCAGAUAUUAAACCAGUACUUUCCUCAGAUAAUGAACUCGGAGAUUUUAAUUAUUUUGGAAAGCUUGGUUGAAAGCUGCAAGGCUUAUGGUUGAAAGCUGCAAGGCUCAUGACCACGUGGAUGGUCGGAGAAUACUAAGGUAAACAGGGAAUGAAAAAAUUUCGAAUCUUCAUUCUGAUCCUGUAAAACCAAUGAGCAAUGAAGGGUCCACAUGUCUUAAGUUAUGGUGCUCAUUGAUGAGGGCAAACUUUAGCAAAGUGGUAAAAGCAACUUGUAAGAUGUAGGUUCAUACCACAAAAACAAUUUCCUUACGAUGCAAGGGUAGGGAUCCAUACAUCAGCCCUCACUUUUGCGAAAAACAUUCAAAUUGUCCAUGGCUCUUGAGGAUCCAUCUCAGUUGGUAUCGGACCGUUGCAUAAAUUAUGAAGGCAGCCGUUGAAGUACAUAUGCCCAGAAAGUCUAAUCUUCCACUAUUGAUCAAGCAACUAAAUAGAUACAAUACCAAUGUACUCAAGCUUACCUGACUGCUUUGGGGUUGGAGUAACUAGAAUAUUGCACGAAGUUCAGAACCGCAGAAUUGGCUAUCAAUCUAUCAUCGGUUGCAGCUACAUUAGACGGUGAGUUUGAAGCAAUAAAAGAUAAUAUUACUGAAACGGUAGUCAUAAUAGUAGUCAAAUAACAGAGCAGCCUCAGUUUGUGUUAUGUGCUGAGAAUAUUAAUACAGACAUGUUACUGGGCUACAUACUCAUCCCAAUCAAUCUCAAUUUGUGUUUCGAUCUCUUCUGAUGAGUUGCAGAUAAUAUUUAACUGAUUUGUGGCUGCUUCCGCACUUGUAUAUAAGCAAAUUGUUGUUUA